UUUGUAUACUGAAUACUAUUUUUAGCGUUAGGGUUCCCGAACCGAAGCCGAUCUCGCUCUCGAAACUCUACCUCGCUGUCUUUGUUCGCCGUGUAUGAAUUGGAAGAAUUCCAUUGAGGAGAGUGAUGGGUCGGAAGAAGAACUUUAACAUCAACGACGACGAGUACUCCUUGCCGGAGGAACCGGAGCAGUCACUGCCAGCGAGUCAUGGAGCAGAGGUAGAAAGCCGCCCCGCUGCGGGAUCGAAGAAGAGUAAGAAGGGAGGAAAGAACCAGGGAAACGCCGCCGUCGCUGAUGAUCCCCCGGAUGUGCUUGCUGCUGCGGCUGACGUCGUUCCUCAUCAAGAGGACGAAGGUGAUGUGGCCCCCCUAGUCUUCUCCGGUAAGAAGAAAUCCUCUAAAUCUAAGAAGGGUAAUAUCGCUGGGAGUGGGUUUGCAUCCCUUAACUCAUUUGGGGAUGAGGCGGAUGAUGAGGAGCCAGAAGAGAACGCGAGAUCGAAGACCGAACCUGAGGUUGAUCGCUAUGCGGAGGAUGAGGUGGAUGAAAGCAGGGAUUUUGACGUGGAACCGAGUCGUCAGGGAAAUUUGCAGGAUGUAGGUUCAAGGAAGCAACAGAAGAAGAAAAAGAAAAAGGGUGGACGGACUGCCCAAGAGGAGGAGGACUUAGAAAAACUCCUGCUUGAGCUGGGUGAAGCCCCUGCGUCUGCUCCGACCCAAGCAUUACCUCCUGCAUUAGUUGAAGAUGGUGGUGAGGAAAUCAAUGAUCCUGAAUUCGAAUCAAACAAUCCAGGGAAUGAAGUUGAGGAAGUUGCCUCAAAGAAGCAGCAGAAGAAAAAGAAAAAGAAGAGUGGAAGAACUGCCCAGGAGGAGGAAGACUUAGAUAAGAUUCUCGCUGAACUUGGGGAUGGCCCGCCACCAGCGCAACCAAGUGUGGCAGCUCCGGCACCAUCUCCUGAGGUGGUGGAGGAAUCAACUCCAGCUCCUGUAGAGCAGCCAGAGGCUGCGGAUAAAGACGGGGAGGUUGAAGGCGAGUCAGCGGCUGCUAAGAAGAAGAAGAAGAAGAAAGAGAAGGAGAAAGAGAAGAAAGCUGCAGCUGCUGCUGCUGCUGCGACACCAUCUGUUGUUACUGUUAAGGACGAGAAGAAGGAUGAAGCAAAGGGAAAGGUUCCUGACAAGAAGUUGCCCAAACAUGUGAGGGAGAUGCAGGAAGCACUGGUGAGGAGGAAGGAGGCAGAAGAGAGGAAGAAAAGGGAAGAGGAGGAGAGGCUUAGGAAGGAGGAGGAAGAGAGGAAGCGGCUAGAGGAAUUGGAGAGACAAGCGGAGGAGGCAAAAAGGAGAAAGAAGGAAAGGGAAAAGGAGAAGUUGCUGAAGAAGAAACAGGAGGGCAAACUUUUGACGGCUAAACAAAAGGAUGAGCAGAGAAGGCUAGAGGCAAUGAGGAAACAAUUCCUUUCUCAGAAUGAGAUUCCAAGUGGUGAUGCUGUUCCAGAGAUAAAAAAGAGACCCAGGUAUGAUACAAAGAAGGCGAAGCAGGCUCAACAUAAGGUUUCUGAAACAGACAAGAUGAUGGAGAAUGAGAAUGAAGCAGAUGAACCUGGCAUACUGCAAGUUGUGGAAGAUGCUAUAGUUGAAGAGGACUCAAAAUCUCAAGCUGGGGAUGCUGAAGACAAAGAUGAAGGAGAUCAGGGAACAGAAGAUGUUAAAGCUUUGGAUGAGGAUGAAGAUGACGAAGAAUGGGAUGCAAAGAGUUGGGAUGAUCUUGAUGUGACAUUGCCUUCUGCAAGCCCUUUUGCUGAAGAGGAUCAGGAAGCCACAACAAAAUCUGUAGUUAAGGGAACUUCUGAACGGGUGGUAACCUCGUCUUUGGAACUUCAAGCAGAUUUAGAGGCACCUUCAAAGCUUACUGUAAAAAAGGUGGUGGCUCCCCAGAAAACUACAAAGACUAUUGAGGCUAACAAAGGGGUUGAAGGUGAAAGGGAAUCGGUUAAGAAUAUUAAAGGGGGAAAAGAAUCUUUUAAGAAGCCAGAGUCAACUGAUGUGGAGGAUAAAUCCAAAACAAGUGGUCCUGAUCUCCGCUCACCGAUUUGUUGCAUUCUUGGGCAUGUAGAUACUGGGAAGACCAAGCUCUUAGAUUGCAUCCGACGCACCAAUGUACAAGAGGGAGAAGCUGGUGGUAUCACCCAGCAGAUUGGGGCUACAUAUUUUCCAACAGAAAAUAUAAGGGAAAGGACAAAAGAGUUAAAGGCUGAUGCAACACUAAAGGUUCCAGGUUUGCUUGUCAUUGAUACCCCAGGGCAUGAGUCCUUCUCCAAUCUGCGGUCUAGAGGUUCAAGCCUGUGUGAUAUUGCUAUAGUGGUUGUGGAUAUUAUGCAUGGGCUUGAGCAGCAAACUAUUGAAUCACUUAACCUUUUAAAAAGUCGGGACACAGAGUUUAUUGUUGCACUAAAUAAGGUGGAUCGACUGUAUGGUUGGAAAUCAUUCCCAAAUGCACCCAUUAUUAAGGCAAUCAAACAACAGUCUAACGAUGUGAAGAAUGAAUUUGAUAUGAGGCUUACUCAGAUCAUUACCCAAUUCAAAGAGCAGGGCUUGAACACAGCUCUGUACUACAAGAAUAGAGAAAUGGGUGAAACAUUCAACAUAGUUCCAACAAGUGCAAUCAGUGGUGAAGGCAUACCAGAUCUACUCUUAUUGUUGGUGCAAUGGGCACAAAAAACAAUGGAAGAUAAACUUACUUUUGUUGAUGAAGUUCAGUGUACGGUGUUGGAGGUUAAAGUGAUUGAAGGUUUAGGGACAACCAUAGAUGUUGUACUAGUGAAUGGUGUUCUUCAUGAGGGUGAUCAGAUAGUUGUUUGUGGAAUGCAGGGCCCCAUUGUGACCAGCAUUAGAGCUUUGCUGACUCCCCACCCCAUGAAGGAGCUCCGAGUGAAGGGCUCGUACUUGCAUCACAAAGAGAUUAAAGCAGCCCAAGGUGUGAAGAUUUCUGCACAGGGCCUUGAACAUGCCAUUGCAGGCACAUCCCUGUAUGUGCUAAAAGCUGAUGAUGAUUUGGAAGAAUUGAAGGAAAUUGUAAUGCAGGAUGUGGAAAAGGUUAUGAGCCGGAUAGACAAGAGUGGGGAAGGUGUUUAUGUACAAGCAUCAACCCUUGGGUCAUUGGAGGCACUUACAGAAUUUUUGAGAAGCUCAGAUGUGAACAUUCCUUUCUGUGAUUUUAGCAUAGGUCCAGUACACAAGAAGGAUGUCAUGAAGGCCAGUGUCAUGCUUGAGAGGAAGAAAGAAUAUGCAACCAUUUUAGCUUUUGAUGUUAAAGUGAUGGCUGAUGCUCGAGAGCUUGCAGAGGAGACUGGUGUUAGAAUAUUUGUUGCAGACAUUAUAUAUCAUCUGUUUGAUCAGUUCAAGGCUUAUAUUGAUAAUCUAAGGGAAGAAAAGAAGAAGGAAAGUGCUGAAGAGGCAGUAUUUCCUUGUGUUCUAAAGAUCAUGCCAAACUGUGUUUUCAACAAGAAAGAUCCCAUUGUUCUGGGCGUGGAUGUUCUUGAAGGAAUCCUUAAGGUAGGAACACCAAUUUGUAUACCUUCAAGAGAAUUCAUAGACAUAGGGAGAAUUGCAUCGAUUGAGAUUAAUCACAAGCACGUAGAUGUUGCGACAAAAGGACAGAAGGUCGCUAUAAAGAUGGUUGGCACCAGCACUGAAGAGCAGCAGAAAAUGUAUGGGAGGCAUUUUGAUAUUGAUGAUGAGCUUGUCAGUCAUAUCUCAAGGAAAUCAAUUGACAUAUUGAAAGCAAAUUAUAGGGAUGAUUUGUCAAAUGACGAGUGGAGGCUUGUGGUAAGGUUAAAGACAAUUUUCAAGAUACCCUGAAGGAAACUUGACUAUAUCUAUAUCUGUGAGCUGUGUGGCCUGAUGGUCAGAUCAGAAUGCACCAUCCAGAUUGGUGAACGAAAAGAGAAGAGAUGAACAAUCAGUGGCGAGUGCACGAUUUCAAGUUAAUGGGGAAAAAUAUUAUUACUGCUCGAGGAAAAAAAAUUAUAGCUGCAUAUUUCAUGCAAAUUCUGGGUAUUGCUAAGAUUGUUUGUGGUUUGAUAGUGUUGUCAUUUGUGGUAUUGCCGUCUGGGUUUCCUUCUGAGCUGAUGAUGUGCAGCGAGAUCAUGGUAGAAAUGACUUCUGUUUUGUUUUGGUCAUCCAUGCAAGGGAUCAAAGUGUUUAUUUGUAAUAACGUACUAUGUUUGAGGCCCCGGGUAUAGGAAAAGGAUUCUUUGAGUUCAGUGUAUCACAAAAUUUGAUUAGCGUCGUUUCCUGAACAGCCAGCCUAGUUGAAUCAUGGUUUCCGGGCAAUUCUUGCUACUUCA